AUGUCUCAUCGCCAGCUUACAUUGGAUUUGGAUAGUUUGGUCGAGGAGAUUGAGGAUUUACUCACCGAUAGACCAAGUUCCCAAGGAGCAAUACACAAAUCACCCAACCAAAAAAAUAAGGAUUUGGCUGCAUCAUCUCGAUCGUCAUCAGUGCCAAGGAGUGGAUCAGCAAGAAAUAAGAAUAAUGUUUUUGCAAAUACUACUGCAUUUGCUAAUCAUAACAAUAGCACACCUUCUCCGGCCAGUAAGAAGAGUGCAAUGUUUAAAAAACAAUUCUCUCAUAAUGAUUUGGAACUUGAUGAUUUCAUGAAUGAGUUGAUAGAGGACUCACCCACUUCUCCCAUAAUCAAGAGGAAAAAUUCAAUACCCAAAAACGCAUCAGUUGGAGCAUUUACAACCUCUUCUCCUGUUAGCAGUCUAACAUCACCAAGAGUGAGUAAAAAGUGUUCAACCACCUAUCUCUCCAAUAGACAUGACUCUUUCGGCAUUAAUACAUUUCUUACACCAAAGAGAUGUAGUGAUCUUCGAUGCAUGAAAUGCGACUUUAAGGUUAUUAAUUUUGAUGGAAAAAAGUGGAAGGAAGAUGUCAAUUAUCUCUUUUUCAGAAACAAUUAUCCAGAAACUGUAAAGAAAGGUUUUGAGGAAAAAGAAUUCCCUGAUCACACUUCCUAUUGUUGCCAAUGUAGUUGGAUCACUGUUUCUGAUAGAACAAGCGCUAAAAAUCUAACCUCUUUGAACUGGUAUUGUGGUGGACAUAAGAAUUAGGAAGUGAAUCUUCAAGAGGAAUGAUUUAUUCCUCAAAUGGUGUUGCAGCAAUAAUAGAUGGAUGUCUUUCUAGGCACUCCUGAAAAAAAAAGAAAUCAAAUAGAGCUUUUGUUUCAAUACACAUUUUGUAAACGAGAAUAUGAAUAUUAUUAAAUAAAUUUAUGAAUCUUUCACAGGUUUAUUUUU